UUUAAAAGACAAAAGGGAGAAGGUCCAAAAGUUGAACUUAGAGUUCUGCUACAAAGCAAGAAUGCUGGUGCCAUUAUCGGUAAAGGUGGAACCAAUAUAAAACGCCUCCGUUCAGACUAUAAAGCCAGUGUUACGGUACCAGACUCCACCGGCCCAGAACGAAUUCUGACCAUUUCUGCAGAAUUGGGAACAGUUUUGGAAUGUUACUUGGAUGUUAUUCCCACUCUGGAAGAGUAUAAACAGUUUAAAGGAUCAGAAGAUUUUGAUUGUGAAUGUCGAAUGAUGGUACACCAGAGUCAAGCUGGAUGUGUUAUUGGUAGAGCUGGUUUUAAAAUCAAAGAAUUGAGAGAUAAAACUGGAGCCAACAUCAAGGUGUACUCACAGUGCUGUCCUCAAUCAACUGAGAGAGUUGUUCAGAUUUGUGGUAAACCAAGAACAGUGGUUGGAUGUAUUGAAGAAAUCUUUGAACUACUACAGACCGCUCCACCUAAAGGACCUAAUCAACAAUAUGAUCCUCAUAAUUAUGAUGAGUUUUUCUCUCAUGAGUAUGGAGGAUUUACUAUGCAGGAUAUGAGAGGAGGAGGACGAGGUGGAGGAUUUGGAGGAAGAGGUGGUGGUAAUCGUAUGGGUGGUGGAGGUGGUAAUCGUAUGGGAGGUGGUAUGAGAGGAGGACGUGAUCAAGGUGGUAUGGGAAUGAAUAGAAGACAAGGUGGCGGAGGAGGAGGUAGAAGAGGAUAUGUAAAUGUUUUAUUACUCUAUUUUCAGCCUAUGGAUCCACCAAUGUCCCUAGCUGCAGGAAUGGGUGGCAGUAUGGGUGGAGGAAUGGGAGGAGGUAUGGGUGGUGGUGGAAUGGGUAGCAAUGAACCUGAAAUAUCUACUCAAGUUACCAUACCCAAAGAUUUGGCUGGUGCCAUUAUUGGUAAAGGUGGAACCCGUAUAUCAGAGAUCAGACACAAUUCAGGAGCUAAUAUUGUUAUUGAUGAAGCUUUGCCUGGUUCUACAGACAGAAUAAUAACUAUCACUGGUACACAAGAAAAUAUCAAUACAGCUCAGUAUCUGUUACAGUCAAGGUAG